UCUGUUGUACAUUUAUGUACGCUCUUCCACUUGUUUAUACAUUUGUCACAUUUUGAUGUAAAUUUCCUGUCUAAACAGACACGAGACCGCAAACAUGGACGAAUAUGACGAAAUGUACGGGAUCGAAGAUGAUUUUGAACAACAGUUUGCUGAUGAAUUGGAAGUCAUGGCUGAGCUUUCAUCAUGUGCAAAAGUGUCUGAGUUCCGCAAUAAGAAGCCAAUCCCACAGACGUUCGAGGAAGCCAUUGUGUCCGGUGACGUGCCAUCGAGGAAAUCAGUAAAUAACGAGCAUCCUGAGAGCAUCUCACCUCUAGUAUAUGAGGAGGAGGAGGAAGAGGAAUCCCUGACUCCUAAACCUAAGAAAAGAAGACAAGAUGUGGCAAAAAAGCUCCAGUUUGGUGUUGAACACACUGAUGACGUCACCCCUCCGUCAUCCCCAGAGGUUUACAACAGACGAGUGAGAGAUGGACCUGCAGUUUUCCUGUCCCUAAGUCCAGAUAGACCAGCAGCCACAAAAAUAACAACCAACGUGUUAGAUAUUAGUGGACUGACAGCAUUACAGGAGUCACCAUGGCGGGUUACCGCAGCUAGACGUCAUGCCCAGAAACGGCCCCCUGCAAUUGGAGAUUUUAUCACAGUCACAGACUCCAUGGGAAACAGAGUCUACCUUAACAAGAAAGAGGAUGAGGAGAAGGCACCAGAUCCAAGAGCCUUCCGUAACUCACUGAAUGGACUAGGACUGCUAGCGGUUCCAAUAGAAGUGCUGAAAGAACAAGUUGCAGAGAGACGCCAUCGACAAGUGGUGGAGGAAUCCCAAAGAUUGACAGAACUUAUGAAUAGUGGGAUCGAUCCAGAGCUUAUUGCAGAAGAGCAGGCAGACUCUGGUGUGGAUGGUGGUAGUGGGGAAGAUGAAGGCUCAUCCUCGCGGCUGUGGGUGGAUCAGUUCUCGCCACAGCACUACACCGAUCUGCUGAGUGAUGAUUUCACCAACCGCUGUCUGCUGAAGUGGCUGAAGCUCUGGGACACUGUGGUCUUCGGGCGAGAGAGGAAACCCCGUCCGGCCCCUGCAGACGUCAGAUCGAACUUUACAAAUGCUCAAAACCAAAACCAAAACCAGUCCCAGCGUUUCAAAACCAAGUCCCAAAUCACAGAAGAGAUACUAGAGGCUGAGCUGGACCAGUACAAAAGACCUAAAUUUAAGGUGGCACUAUUAUCAGGUCCUCCUGGACUGGGGAAAACCACGCUAGCACACAUUAUCGCAAAGCAUGCUGGUUACAAUGUAGUAGAAAUCAACGCUAGUGAUGACCGCAGUGCAGAGCUCUUCCAGAAACGCAUUGAUACCGCGACACAGAUGAAGUCAGUCCUGGGAGCCAAUGAAAAGCCCAACUGCCUUAUAAUAGAUGAAAUUGAUGGGGCUCCUGCUGCUGCCAUUAAUAUUUUAUUGGCCACCCUGAACCGUAAGGACAGCCGAGAUGGAGAGGAGUCAGGUGGUAAUGCCUUGAAAAAGAAAAAGAAGAAGCAAUCUGUGCUGCUUAGACCAAUCAUCUGCAUCUGCAAUGACCUUUAUGUUCCUGCUCUAAGGCCGCUGAGACAGCAAGCUUUCCUAUUGGCUUUUCCCCAGACUCUGCCCUCCCGCUUAGCUCAAAGACUGUCAGAGAUCACACGGCGUCAGGGUAUGAAAGCAGACACAGGCACUCUGAUGGCCCUGUGUGAGAAAACUGACAAUGACAUCCGUUCUUGCAUCAACACAUUACAGUUUUUACACAGACGUGGACAGAAGCACUUGGAUCAGCGCAGUGUCAGUUCCAUGUGUGUGGGAUUGAAAGAUCAAAACAAGGGACUCUUCUCAGUUUGGCAGGAAAUCUUCCAGCUUCCUCGACUGAAAAGGAAGCGGAUUGGUGGAGAUUCAUUUGGUGGUUUUGAUGAAGCUGGACCUAAAGACGGUGCACAAAGGAUUCAGCACAUCUUACAUUUGGUCUCAUCUACUGGAGAGCACGAGAAACUCACUCAGGGCUUAUAUGAUAACUUCCUCAGCAUGAAGCUGAAGGACCCUGGGAUGUUGGGUGUGUGCACAGGUCUUGACUGGUUGUGUUUCUCUGACGUGCUGAAUGAGUUUGUGCUACAUGGACAAAACUACUCGCUCAUGCGCUACUUCCCAUUCCUGCCCGCUGCCUUCCAUCACCUAUAUGCCGCAAACUCUGUCCCACGCAUCAAUUAUCCACACAGCCACUACGAGGCUUUCACUAAAACUCAGCACACCAAGAAUGCCCUCAUUGCCAUGUUGAAUGACAUCCCACCUGCCAUACAGAGCCGUGUUUGUAUGAGCAGUCUCUGUAUGGACAUCCUCAGCCUUCUCCUGGAGCUCAUCUCCCCCAAACUGCGGCCGGUCAACCCUCAGCUUUACAGCACCAGGGAGAAGCAGCAGCUUUAUGAUUUGAUUGACACCAUGAUCAACUACAACCUGACCUACAGACAGGACCGCACACCAGAGGGACAGUACACUUAUGUGCUGGAGCCUAAUGUAGAAGACGUGGUGCAUUUUCCGGGUUUGCCUCCCCGGAGGCAGCUGACCUAUCAGGUGAAGCAGCUGAUCGCCAGGGAGACAGAAUUAGAGCGAAUGAGGAGGGUGGAGAGGGCACAGCAGAAACGAAACCCACAAAAGACAGAGGCAGUAAGUAAGAAUCAAGAGGAGAAGAAAACUGAAGUGAAGAAACCGACAAGCAGGAACCAUCAGCAGAGGCUGGAGAACAUUGUUAAACAGACUGUGGUGGAAACCAGGCCUGAAUUGGAUUUCUUUGGACGAGCCAUUGCACCCAAGGAGAAGCCUAUGAUCACCACUACAGGUGAAGAUGGCAAAGCAGGCGAAGUGGUGCAUAUUGGUAAAGCUGUGGGUAACAGUGAUGUAUGGUUUCGUUUCAAUGAAGGUGUGUCUAAUGCAGUCCGCAGAAACGUUUACAUUCGGGAGUUACUUUAAAGUUAAUUUACCACCUUAAAUCAAUACAUAAAAACAAAAAAUGUUCUGAACCUUGUACUGUAUAGUUAAAAAAACAACACCUAAA